AUGAUAAAGAAGCUACUCUUGUAUGCUGGGAAAUCAAGCAAUAUUGAUUACAGAAAUACUACAGUGUUCUUGACCGAGAAAGUUGCCCAACUGACAGAACAAAUCCGAUUUAAGGAUAGGGAAAAAGAAAAUAUAAAUAUGGAAAUGAACAAGGUAAUUAAUGAACUUUCUGCCAAGAUAGAAUUGGUAAUGUGCAUUGUAACUACUGGAAUGUACAGAUAGUAUUUGCAAGGAUGGAAAUAUAAAAGGCAGUGGGCCUAGUAAGUAUAUAUCUGUUUUUAACCAAGAAUAAUGACAGAAAGUGCAUUAGACAAAUUAUUUAUGGAGUUAAUACAGUUAAAAACAGCAAAGCAGUGUGGAAAACCAAAUGUUCCGGUGCAACAAACUGAAAAAAGUAUAGUAAGUAAAUUUAAGGUAUUAUAAAGAUAACCAGUGACAAAGCUCCCAUACUCCAGUUGAUUACCUCCACCAGGUCCACUUCCUAACUGCUAUCAGGAACCCUGGAGCACUUCAGACCCAGUGGCUGAAGCUUAAGUUGGAUGCAACUCUCUUCUUCCAGGCAGGUAUUGUCCCCUCUGCCUUGUCUCUUUUCAGCCAUAUAACUAUGUAACUGUAACUUCAUUAUUUGGUAACUUAUUUUUUUAAGUUUUUUUUUGCCUAUUAUUAUUAUUUGGUAAAUAAUUUGUUUUUAAAUGUUCCAAUCCAACAAAGAGGAACCCAGACCAUUUGAACUCAAUGUAAUGGACUUGUUGUGGUGACCCUUUAGUUUUAAUCCCGCAAUGUAAAGCAUUGCCGUUUAGUAGACACCUCUAGUGGCUGUCUUCCUUUCAACAACAACUGAAACUGGUAUUGGAGGUGUUAAAGAGUAGCAGUUACAUGUUAAUGGAUAAAGAGAAACUUUAAAUGUGUUAGGGAUGUGGCAGGUUCAAAGUUUAUCCUACAGAUAAUACAACAAGGGAAGCCACUUUGAGAGACACAGCCCAGAGAAUAAGGUUUCAAGUUUACAAGGUGCCACUCUACAAAUACAGUCCACUUGUCUCUUUUGGAGCAGGGUGAAGUGGUCCAGCUUUUUCUUAAUCUAUGCCCAUAAGCCCUGGAAAGUUCAUCGAGGUUGUUGAGGAAGGUUUCGGAUCAAUAUACGAAAAUUGUGGAGCUAGCCGCACAAAUGCUCUUCCACACCUGCUUCAGUUAUUGUUAAUGACCAUGAGGAAUAUGAGUUACAACAGGUAGUAGAUUCACAUAUUGCUAGAGGAAGAUUGCAAUAUCUAAUUCAUGGGAGAGACUAUGGUCCAGAGGAAAGGUAAUGGAUGCUGCAGAUGUGAUAAACAGAUGCAGUGGGCAGUUCUUUAGAGGGGGUAAUAUAAUGUUACUCACAGAAAAUGACACCAGCAUCAGUCUUGUAAAACAAAACAUGGCAAACUUGACACAAUAACAUCAGUACUAGCUGGCAGUCACAUAAUCCUGAAUCCCAACCAACACAACUGAUGCGAGCUGUGACCUUUGUGCCUUUUUCUAUCUCCAUGUAAAUGUGACACUAGGGCCUGGCCCUAUAUGACCUUUUUUCAUCAUUAGCUUGGUGCCCUUUUAUGGUUCAUAACCCCUAUGUGCCUUCCUGACUGUUUCUGAUUCUGGUAUACCUGACCUGGUUAGUUUUGACUCCGUUAUUCUGUUGCCCUAAUGUUUACCUGAACUAUCUCGUCCUGACUAUGAGUUUUAGACAUGUGCAUUAGUUUUUGUACGAAUAUGAUUUCAUCAGAAAAGUCUGUUUUUUUUUUAUUUGUUUACUAAAACAUAAAUAAAAGCCCUACAAACGAAAUAUAAACAAAAGGAAAGGAAAGGACAAAUGCCGAAUGCAUUACCUUUUCAUUUUGUUUCCUUUGUUUAAUAGACUCCUUGCUGCAGGGGAAUUAACCAUUAAGCAUGGAAAAAUAACAGUGCGCAUGCACUGGAAGAAAAACAAGGAGGGACCCGACAGCGCUACCAGCUCCCUCCUUGUAAUAAAUAACUAUUAUUGCCCCCUCCCUUAUUAAAACCUAUGGGAGUCACUAUGACACCCAUAUUAAUAAAAGAGAGAUUAAAAUUGUAAAGGAUCCUUCUAUUCGUGCAGUGCUGAUCCUUGUAGCUUCUCCCGAAAUCCCGCUGAAACAGAGUGAUUAUAGCUUCCAAUCCCCCAAACAUGAGUCGAGACUUCAUGAAGGGUAAAACUAACUGAUUUAAUGGGGGCUACCUGCCCGGUAUUUAUGCAGGUCUCCCACCUGGUGGACACUCCCCUAGGGGACUAGAUGGAAGACUGGGACAAAAGAAUUACAGUAGCCAAUCGCAGUGGCUAUAACAUAAGCACUCUCCUUUUACAUAGGUCACUCCCUCCUUUCCAUCCUGGAGAUAAUUAACUUAAGGUAGUAAAGAGAGCCUUAAUUAUCUCCAGGUAGAAAGAAACAUGGCUUUUCCAAUAUUCACAAAACAGCAUAAAAAUCUAUAACUUAUAUUUUACUGAACAUAAACUUUACAGGGAGUGCAGAAUUAUUAGGCAAAUGAGUAUUUUGACCACAUCAUCCUCUUUAUGCAUGUUGUCUUACUCCAAGCUGUAUAGGCUCGAAAGCCUACUACCAAUUAAGCAUAUUAGGUGAUGUGCAUCUCUGUAAUGAGAAGGGGUGUGGUCUAAUGACAUCAACACCCUAUAUCAGGUGUGCAUAAUUAUUAGGCAGCUUCCUUUCCUUUGGCAAAAUGGGUCAAAAGAAGGACUUGACAGGCUCAGAAAAGUCAAAAAUAGUGAGAUAUCUUGCAGAGGGAUGCAGCACUCUUAAAAUUGCAAAGCUUCUGAAGCGUGAUCAUCGAACAAUCAAGCGUUUCAUUCAAAAUAGUCAACAGGGUCGCAAGAAGCGUGUGGAAAAACCAAGGCGCAAAAUAACUGCCCAUGAACUGAGAAAAGUCAAGCGUGCAGCUGCCGCGAUGCCACUUGCCACCAGUUUGGCCAUAUUUCAGAGCUGCAACAUCACUGGAGUGCCCAAAAGCACAAGGUGUGCAAUACUCAGAGACAUGGCCAAGGUAAGAAAGGCUGAAAGACGACCACCACUGAACAAGACACACAAGCUGAAACGUCAAGACUGGGCCAAGAAAUAUCUCAAGACUGAUUUUUCUAAGGUUUUAUGGACUGAUGAAAUGAGAGUGAGUCUUGAUGGGCCAGAUGGAUGGGCCCGUGGCUGGAUUGGUAAAGGGCAGAGAGCUCCAGUCCGACUCAGACGCCAGCAAGGUGGAGGUGGAGUACUGGUUUGGGCUGGUAUCAUCAAAGAUGAGCUUGUGGGGCCUUUUCGGGUUGAGGAUGGAGUCAAGCUCAACUCCCAGUCCUACUGCCAGUUCCUGGAAGACACCUUCUUCAAGCAGUGGUACAGGAAGAAGUCUGCAUCCUUCAAGAAAAACAUGAUUUUCAUGCAGGACAAUGCUCCAUCACACGCGUCCAAGUACUCCACAGCGUGGCAAGAAAGGGUAUAAAAGAAGAAAAUCUAAUGACAUGGCCUCCUUGUUCACCUGAUCUGAACCCCAUUGAGAACCUGUGGUCCAUCAUCAAAUGUGAGAUUUACAAGGAGGGAAAACAGUACACCUCUCUGAACAGUGUCUGGGAGGCUGUGGUUGCUGCUGCACGCAAUGUUGAUGGUGAACAGAUCAAAACAUUGACAGAAUCCAUGGAUGGCAGGCUUUUGAGUGUCCUUGCAAAGAAAGGUGGCUAUAUUGGUCACUGAUUUGUUUUUGUUUUGUUUUUGAAUGUCAGAAAUGUAUAUUUGUGAAUGUUGAGAUGUUAUAUUGGUUUCACUGGUAAUAAUAAAUAAUUGAAAUGGGUAUAUAUUUGUUUUUUGUUAAGUUGCCUAAUAAUUAUGCACAGUAGUAGUCACCUGCACACACAGAUAUCCCCCUAACAUAGCUAAAACUAAAAACAAACUAAAAACUACUUCCAAAAAUAUUCAGCUUUGAUAUUAAUGAGUUUUUUGGGUUCAUUGAGAACAUGGUUGUUGCUCAAUAAUAAAAUGAAUCCUCAAAAAUACAACUUGCCUAAUAAUUCUGCACUCCCUGUAAGUCCCACAUACCCCCAGAUAGCUUGGAUCUGAGUGCAUAUUCUAGGCGAAUAGCGCUCAGAUCCCACGAACACAGUUCUCAAUAACGUCGAAUGAAGUUUGGACUUCACCGGCCGUUCGCGUGUUUGUAUCAGAUAAAGAGUUCCACACUGUAGCUAUCUGGGGUCGGUCUCUUUCGCAUAAAUCCAAGUCCUGAACAGUGCAAUGUCUCCGGUAUUCGUGGGUUUUCAACCAUAUGAACGAGGACCUUUUAAGUAUCAGCGGUGUACAGCAGAAUAAGUAUCCGAAAAAGAGUUCCAGGGCAUCGCCGCCAUUACCGCUGGGCGUUCGAUUUAAAAUGGCGACUGCCACUUGUUCGGCAGACGAACGCGGACCACCAAGCUGUUCCCCAAUUACUCUGUGGGUAACCGUAAAGUCUGGGUGGUUAAUGGGCGCCACACGACCUCAGUAGGAGGUCGGGUGAUUCGGCAGUUUAUUCGUUUUAUUGCUAUUUGCACGAAAUCACCCCACACACGUCUAAAUAACCGAAGAGGCUGGUUCGCGUAGUAUGUUUCACAAGGGAUUUCGUUACAAAAAGCUCCCUCAUGCCCCAGUUGCUGCUCGCUGUCAUUUAACACUAAAUAUAAAUCAGUAUGGGGGUCACUAAAUUUAAAACUGAAUAUAAAAAUCAUCAGUGUCUUAUGUAGAAGUGAAAGAGAGCUAUGGUAAGAUUAUGUGUAGCCAAAAGUUAUAGCAAAAACUAUAACCAUGUUGCAAUAUGAAAAAGUAGCUAUUUAGAUCUAAAUAGCUACUUUUUAUACGUCGCCUAAACAAAUGAAAGCAACCACUCAGUGAUAUGAGUCAAAUUACACAGCAUGGGAAAAUUCCAAAGAGCUUUCCCACGCUGUGUAAAAUGACACAGAGCACUCUGAUUGGUUAGAUUUCAAGCCAACCAAUCAGAGUGCUGUGAAAGGUAAAUGUAGAUACUUACCUGUUUAACCAACCAAUCAGAGCUCUCUAAGUCUAAUUGCAGGGUGUGGGAAGGCUUUAUAAGCCAUUCCCCGCCCUGCGGAGCUCAUUUUUUGUUUUUUUACAGUUGCGACACGUAUUAUGGAUUUUUAUUUGGCUUUUUUGUGGGCUGAAGGAAGAAAAGAAAAGAAAGAAAGAAGACUUCAAAUGGUAAGUAUGACAUUUUAUUUUACAGGGUUAGUUUAUUGCCCCCCCCCCCUCUACUAUUAUAAGGGUGAGGGGGGUAGGUAGGGUAUUUUUAUUGGGGUACCCCCCAUUAUUUAUUUAAUUAGGGUCCCAACCCACCGCUCAUAGGUGGGGACAUUAGGUUCCCCCCCUUAUUUAUUUGGGGUCCCCACCCGCCGCUCAUGGGUGGGUGCCGCCAUUAUUUAUUUAGGGUCCCCACCCGCAGGUAGGGGCAUGCGGCAGGAUUUAACCUGUGCCAGGUUCCCCCUUAUUGCACCAGUGACUGGGCAGCAAUAGUGGUUCUUAUUCUCUUACAUGAAAAUUUAUAAUAGAUCUGGUUAGUGGAGUUUUCAGGGCCUUACUACAAAUAACAAUAAAAUGCUGGUCGAUGAGGUACCUUUUCAAGAGAAAUACAUGCUUUAGUCUAGUUAGAAAGCAUAACUAAAAUGAUGGAUCUGCCUCAAUCCUGACCAAGAAGGACUAUACAUGUAUGGAAUCAUUUUAAAUAUGACUAAUAUUUUUCAGGCAACAAGAAUCAGUUCCAUAUUUUUAGGACCCAUAUGUUACUUCUAUUAGAUCUUCUUAUUAAAAAUUGACAUAUUAAUAAGUAUAUUUUUUCUUCGGUAUAGAUAAAAAGCCCAUUACUAAAAGAACUUCAAAUGAAAGGGGAGGAGCUUGAGAUACUGAGAAUGGAUCUGCAAAUGCUAGAGACAGAACGAGUACGGUUAUCGCUCAUUGAGGAGAAAUUGCUGGAUGUUUUACAACUUCUCCAACAACUACAAAGCCUGGUAGGGAAUCUUUGA